AGAAAGCCUAUCAUCUUGUUCGUGAAUUGAAGAAUUGAUCAUGAGUUCCGUGACGAAGAAAGCAGCAGCAGCAGCAGCAGCAGCAGCUGAAGAAAAUAUUGAUCGCGACAAUGCUCACUCGGCUGCCUGCAAUGGCCUAGAGAUAAAGGAAAUACCAGGGAGCUAUGGGAUCCCCUUCAUCUCCCCCAUCAUGGAUCGCCUGGAAUACUUCUACUUCAAAGGUCAGGACAACUUCUUCAAAACCCGGAUCGAAAGGUACGGAUCAACAGUUUUCCGCACCAACAUGCCACCAGGUCCGUUCAUGGCGUCCAAUCCCCGCGUCAUAGCAGUACUCGACGCCAAAAGCUUCCCUGUUCUAUUCGACUCUUCCAGAAUAGAGAAAAAAGACGUUUUAUACGGCACAUAUCUACCCUCCACCAAGCUCACCGGAAACUACCGUAUCUGCGCCAACCUUGAUCCCUCCGAACCCAACCAUGCCAAAAUCAAACAAUUUCUUUUAAAUCUUUUAAGCUCCCGUAAGGAUCAAAUCAUCCCUGCCUUUCGCACCUCCUUCGUUGCCCCUCUCUUCGCCAAACUCGAGUCCCAAAUCACCUCCAAUGGUCAAUCUGACUUCAACAAGCUCAACGACAAGUUCGCCUUGGAGUUUCUCGGCGACGCCUAUUUCGGCUCCAGCCCCUCAAAAACCGGCCUUGAUUUACAAAGCAACGCAACCAAGUGGCUUUUCCUGCAGCUAGCUCCCCUGAUAAGCAAACUCAUCCCUUUCUGCUUCUUGGAAGACCUUCUCCUCCACACUUUUCCCUACCCCCCAUUCCUCGUCAAGUCCGACUACAACGCCCUCUACUCAUACUUCCGAUCCGUCGGCGGUGGCGCCGUCGACAAUUUAGCAACUCAAGCAGGUCUCUCUCGAGAGGAGGCUAUCCACAACCUUCUCUACGCUACAAUCUUCAACGCUUACGGCGGCUUCAAGGUGCUCCUCCCCACCAUCCUCAAGUGGUUAGCUUUCUCCUCCUCGAACACCGAUCUCCACGCCCGCAUUGCCGCUGAGGCCCGCUCCGCCGUCGGCGGCGAGAAUGGGCAGCUCACCAUAACCGCGCUUGAGAAGAUGGACCUCAUCAGAUCCGUUGUUUACGAGGCGCUUCGCAUAGACCCGCCCGUUCAAUUCCAAUACGGUCAUGCAAAGAAGGAUUUCAUUCUGGAGAGCCACGACGCCGCAUUUCAGGUGCGGAAGGGCGAGAUGAUCUUCGGUUACCAGCCUUUUGCUACCACUGAUUCGCGCGUGUUUGGUUCCGACGCGCGCGAGUUCGUUCCCGACCGAUUCGUCGGAGACAAUGGAAGGCUUCUGAAGUACGUGUGGUGGUCGAAUGGACCGGAGACGGAGGAUCCGACCGUUGGGAACAAGCAGUGCGCGGGGAAGGACUUUGUGGUGCUUGUGGCCCGACUGUUUGUGGCGGAGCUGUUUCUGCGCUACGAUUCGUUUACGGCUGUUGUGGGGAAAUUCUUGCUUGGUGCUCAGGUGACUUUCACUUCGGUCAACAAGGCUAAGACGAAGAUCGCUUAAGGCCAAAGUUGCUAUCUUUGAUAAUAAAGCCACCGGUGUCUUGGUCCGGAGAAAUUAUUAAGUGCGCCAAUGCAUUAGACUUCAAUGUGUAUAAGUAUAUAUAGAGUGUGUAAAACACUGACAAUUAUUGGGUCCCGUGUCUGGAUUCGUCCAGACAUCAAUCCGGCGUCGCCACGUCACCAAAAUAUACUGGGAUUCAGUAUAUUAGGGUGACGUGGCGUCACCGGAUUGGAUGUCCGGAUAUUCGGUGACCGGACGCAAUAAUUCGCCGUAAAACACACUAUAUAUAUAAGUUAUAUAUAUUUGUGUACACGUUAUAUGGCUUGUAUACAUUGAAGUCUAGAUAAGAUACGUUCGAAUUUCGCACGUAAUAAUUUCUCGUUGGUUAGUCGGUGGUAUUUGUAAUGUAUUAUUAUAUUUUUCUGAUGUUUUUGUCUGUCAUGUAGCUGGAGUUCUAUUUUACAAUUUGUGU